AUGGCAGUCAGCGAGGUGUCAGCCUCAGGCUGGGUGACCACACCCAAUGGUGGAAGCCCAGUCAAGUCCUCAGUGUCCGACAACGGCAACCAGCUCUGCGAUGCUGCGAUCGACAACUCAACCUCCUCGCCUGACGACUCAUCAGCAAGAUUUCAAAAGCUGCCCCCCAGACGGCUGAACCAACCCUUACAAGACAAGAUUUUCAAUGACCCCAUUCAUGGUUCAAUUGAGCUUCAUCCUCUGCUGGUGAAGAUUAUUGAUACUCCUCAGUUUCAGAGACUCCGUCAUAUAAAACAACUGGGAGCAGGAUACUGGGUCUAUCCUGGAGCAUCACAUAAUCGCUUUGAACACUCCAUCGGGGUGGCACAUUUAGCGGAACGUCUGGUUAAGAGAUUCCAAGAGAAACAGCCAGAGCUCAACAUCACCAAUCGAGACAGCUUGUGUGUCCAAAUUGCUGGACUGUGCCAUGAUUUAGGUCACGGUCCAUUCUCUCAUUUGUAUGAUAACAUGUUCAUCCCAGAAGUCCAGCCCGGCUCCAAGUGGAAGCAUGAGGAUGCCUCAUUUGACAUGUUUGAGCUCAUUGUAGAAGAGAAUGGACUAAGAGAUGAGAUGAAAAAAUAUGACAUGAAACCAGAUGAAGACCUUAAGUUUAUUAAGGAUUUGAUUCUUGGGGUGAAUACUUCAGCAAAAGAGUGGCAAGGGACCAGGCCAAAAAAUAGGACUUUCCUGUACGAGAUUGUAUCAAAUAAACGGAACGGCGUUGAUGUGGACAAAUGGGACUAUUUUGCACGAGACUGUCAUCAUCUUGGCAUUUCUAAGAGCUUUGACCAUGAACGCCUGCUGAAGCUUACACGUGUGUGUGAGGUGGACAUAGAAGAAAUUCAAGAGCGAAGGCUGUUGAUUUGCUUCAGGGACAAGGAGGCAGAUAACAUUUACGACAUGUUUCGCACUCGAUACACUCUGCAUCGCCAGGCGUACCAGCACAAGACUGUCAAUAUAAUUGAAAUCAUGAUUAAAGAAGCCCUCUUAUUAGCCGAUGACCACUACAAGAUCUCAGCAGCCAAAGACAACAUGCCCGAGUACACCAAACUCACAGAUGCUAUUUUGGAGAAGAUCUCUCACACCGACAUUAAAUCCCUCCAACUUGAUAAAACUGAGAAAAAGAAACUUCGGGAUGCCAAAAAGAAAGUGGAGAAAAUUGACAGAAGAGACCUUCCAAAGUUUGUUGGCGAGGCCAGACUCAAAGGGGAAAAAAUGUCACUGAAUAUACUUAAGGACAAAUGGGUUAAAGCCAUGGAAAAGACAAAGGAAGAUGCUGUUGAUCCUGAUGAUUAUGUGGUUGAUGUGGUUCAUAUGGAUCAUGGCAUGAAGGGUAAAAACCCCAUUGAGAAUGUGUUCUUCUACAGUAAGUGGAAUCCCAAUGAAGCAUUCAAGAUGGACAAGAAAAAGAUGUCCAGUUUCCUUCCUGUGCAAUUCUAUGAACAGCUUGUGAGAGUGUACUAUCGCGGCACACUAACUGAUGAUAUAAAUACAGCUAAGGAGUGCUUUAAGAACUGGAGUGAAAGCAACUUUGGACUCUAAUAAUGAGGAUACGUCCCCAGAAGAGCAAAACUCCUAAUGUGAAGAUCGGCAUCCUCAUGAUAGAAAUAUUUAUUAGAAGAAGCAACUGAAUGAAAGACACACUAGUGCUAACACCACAUAACUUAGAUAAGUUUUAUACUGUAGAUGUAUCAUCAUAUUAGCACAGGAAGAGUGUUUAAUGCUUGAUUUAUGUAAUAGGGAAUAAUGUUGGGCUCAGGUGUGUUUUUCGAAUAGUACUGUGUGAUAUCUUGGGAUUUAAAAAAGAAACUGCACCUAUUUCCUGUCCUGUUCUAUAAAAAGAAAUGAAAGACAAAUAAAGGGAAAGUAAAAUAUUCCUUUUCUAUUGGUGGUUGAUUUCUUCUCAUUUGCUAUUAAAUGUCUUUAAAGGUUUUAGUCACAGUGAAACGAAAUAAAGCUUUCUCCAU